ACAUCACUUAUAAGGUUUUUCACCUUUGUUGUCAACUUCCUCAUAUUAUUUUUACCACAUUUUCUGUUCUCACAGACAAGAAGCAUCUACUGUAUAUCAGGUCACUGAAAGCAUUCCAUUGUGCACCAAAGCUGUAAAAUGGCAGAUAAAAAUUAUACUUAUUACAUACAUGGAGCUGAGGAGCAACUGUGUUCUGGAUACCUUUACAAAUCUCCCCCAGAAAAACACCUGAAGAACCAGAAAUCAUGGAAACGGAGGUAUUUUGUUCUCCUAAAGUACAGUAAUGACAGAUGCCUGCUUAAUUACUACAAAAAUGAAGAGAAAAACAAGUCACUGGGAAACAUUGACUUAUCCAAGGUCACAUUUAUGUUUUUGAGCCCCGAGAUGCAUGCAAUGUGGAAAUGGAUUCAUGAAAACUUCAGAUGUUCACCUUCAAGUGUAAUGUUUAUGCGAGUCCCAGAACGAGAAUACUUCCUCGUUGGAGAAAACAGCUGGGAGAUGGAGAAAUGGUUCAACGCUUUAUUUGCCAUUUUAAAUUUUCGUCCACACAAAUUGCUGGAUCCCAAGACAUUUGGGUCAAUGAGAAGCAUCAGCGAACCUCCGCAAUCGGAAAAAGACAAUGAGCAGGGAGCUCAGUGGGGUCAAACUAAAUAUGUUCCACAUGAGCUGCCGUCAGUCGUGGCCCAAGAACCCAUCUAUGACACUCCGAAAAAAGUCAAAAAACUGAAUAGUGAGUCAUGAAGAUGAUGACUGAUAUCCAACUUUCAGAACAGACCAACAGUCUGGUAACAAGACUGAAAGCAUGAUAUAUUUGUUGUAAAUAUGUUUUUGCUUUAUUUUUUCAUUUCAAUAUAUCUUUUUUUUUUAAAUGAAAUGUAUUUUACUUUUAUUUCAACAUUUGACUAAGAUUGUAUCAUAUACUUUUAUAUCAUAAUAUUAUAUUAUAUGUACAUAAUUUUGUAUUUUAAUAAAAAGAUAUUCUGCUAUUCAAAGAAUUGUUU